UCCCAGACGGAUUUGAUGAUACCAGAAGACGGGCAAAAAGGUCUUUCUAUGAAGAGGAAGAAGAGGAAGAGCCCAUCGCAGAGGAGGAAGAAUCUGCCGUAGCGACUCCACCACCCACUUCCACCAAACAGAAACGUACCGGUAAAUCUCGUCUAGUCAAGUGA